AUGGACAAAGACCCGAUCCCAAGGGACUGGAUGGCAGCUCUUAUACCUACAUCAGGCACGCAUUGGAAACAGACAGAUGCUUGCUACCAGAAACUUGAGACAGUGAUAGAAAAUAUUAUUCCAGAGUCUAGGAAAGAGACCCUUAAAUCAUGGCUAGAGAAUACCAUAGACAAAGCAUUGGGAGGACUAGAAGGAGAGGCGGGUGAAUGCAGGAAAGAUUCCAGCCACAAACACACUUUUGUUCACCCUAGAGUCUGCACUGGAAAAAGGUUUUAUGAAUCUAGCAAAUGUGGGAAGGCCUGCUGCUGCGAGUGCUCCCUUGUUCAGCUCCAAAGAGUCCACCCUGGAGAAAAGCCUUAUGAGUGCAGUGAAUGUGGGAAAUCUUUUAGCCAAACCUCUCAUCUGAAUGACCAUCGGAGGAUCCACACUGGAGAAAGGCCUUAUGUGUGUGGUCAAUGUGGGAAAUCAUUUAGCCAAAGAGCCACCCUCAUUAAACAUCACAGAGUUCACACUGGAGAAAGGCCUUAUGAGUGUGGUGAAUGUGGGAAAUCUUUUAGCCAAAGUUCUAACCUUAUUGAACAUUGCAGAAUUCACACUGGAGAAAGGCCUUAUGAGCGUGAUGAAUGUGGAAAAGCCUUUGGGUCCAAAUCCACUCUUGUUUGGCACCAGAGAACUCGCACAGGAGAAAAGCCAUAUGAGUGUGGCAAAUGUGGGAAAUUAUUCAGACAAAGCUUCAGCCUUGUACACCAGAGAAUUCACACUACAGCAAGGCCUUAUGAGUGUGGCCAGUGUGGGAAACCAUUUAGCUUAAAGUGUGGCCUCAUUCAGCACCAGUUAAUUCACAGUGGAGUUAGGCCCUUUGAGUGUGACCAGUGUGGAAAAUCCUUUAGCCAAAGAACUAUCCUUAAUAAACGCCACAAAGUUCACACUGCAGAAAGACCUUACAUAUGUGGGGAAUGUGGGAAAGCUUUUAUGUUCAGAUCUAAACUUGUUUGGCACCAGAGAACUCACGCUGGAGAAAGGCCUUUUGAGUGCAGUGAAUGUGGGAAAUUUUUUAGACAAAGCUAUACCCUUGUUGAACACCAGAAAAUUCACACUGGAUUAAGGCCUUACGACUGUGGACAGUGUGGAAAAUCCUUUAUCCAACAGUCUAGCCUCAUUCAACACUAG